UACGAUGGUACUACUACGGUAUGUAGAGCGCUUAGCUUGGCGUAUACCAUAAUUCAAUGGGCUCGUCUCACUAUUUUAAACACUUGUCCUAAUAUGUUAUCGAUUACUGUAUUGGUAUUUCAAGAUUUUUUUUAGGACAAUCUUGAAAUAAGACUUUGUAUACCGGCCUUAUAUCAGAACAUAAACUCCAUUUACGACGUAGCUUAUCUGCAUCUUAUUCGCUUGUAUGUGGAUUGCGCGGCCAAAUUAAAGCAAUAUGGCGGAUUGACACAACAACUUUUAAUACGCGAUAUGUAGAUUAUUUUAACAGUGGAACUACAUUUCUUCCGACGGCGAAACGAAUUGCACGGUUAUUGCAACAGAGUCGAACGGCGAACCGGUUAUUCUUUCGUACGCAGCUGAUAUACAACGUUCGAUUCGGCUUUGCGCGAAGUUUGGCAUCGGUCCCGCAACAUCCUGUGGCGCCGAAAUUUAUUUCCGUUCGGUAUUAUAAGAACAUGAACUCGACCGUUCAGUCGCAUUAGUUAGCUCUAGUACCGCCGAUAGCUGUUUCGCACGAACGGAGGAUGUCGUCGACGCAGAACAAAGUGCGAGGUAUGCGAAAACGUCCAGGACGACCGCCAAAAUCGAAGAACUCUGCGUGCACAUGGUGCGGUGAGACAAAACAGCCAUUGAAGUAUGUUCUCCCCAUGCAGCAUGGCAAGAAAGAGUUCUGCUCAGAAACGUGUCUUUCUGAAUCUCGCAAAACCUAUGCACGUGGUGCUUGUGUGCAGUGCGACAAUGUGAUCCGAGGCACACCUUUUAGACUGGAACAGAAGGAUGGUCCAACAAAGGAUUUCUGUUCCUCGUUUUGUUUAAACGCGUAUCAAAAAAAAGAGAUACAAGUGGACAUAAAGAAAAACAACAGGGAUCCAUCAUCGCCAUCUCCUGCUCCAUCUCCAGCUCCGUCUGGGUUACCCAGUAAUAACAAUGUACCAUCAACCACACAGUCUUAUACGAAUAAUCAUGCAACUGUAUCUCAUUCCCCGUCAACCUCCACUGGAACUUUUAAAACUUAUGAAUCCUGUCCAACUUUUGAUUGGGAUCUUUAUCUGAAGGAAACAAACAGUACAGCGGCUCCAAUUGAAUGCUUCAAACAGCACGAUAUUCCACCAACGAAUGAAUUUGAAAUUAAUAUGAAAUUGGAAGCGUUAGAUCCACGAAACUUGACGUCGACCUGUAUCGCUACAGUAAUAGCCGUUACUGGACCACGGUUGAGAUUAAGACUGGAUGGUUCUGACAACAAAAAUGAUUUUUGGCGAUUAGUUGACAGUAACGAGAUACAUGCGAUAGGCCAUUGUGAGAAAUCUGGCGGAAUGCUUCAACCUCCUUUAGGCUUCCGAAUGAAUGCCUCUAUGUGGCCAAUGUUCCUCCUAAAAACUUUAAAUGGUGCAGAAAUGGCACCGGCAAAAGUAUUUAAACGCGAACCAAAGACGCCACGCUGUAAUUUGUUCAAAAUCGGAUAUAAGUUAGAAGCAGUAGACAGGAAGAAUCCACAACUUAUAUGUACUGCGACCGUUGGUGCAGUUAAAGAUGAUCUGAUACAUAUUACAUUUGACGGUUGGCGUGGUGCUUUUGAUUACUGGUGUCGUUACGAUUCCCGAGAUAUUUUCCCUGCAGGAUGGUGUUUUAAAAGUGGACAUCCACUGCAGCCACCAAGACAAAAAUCGGGUUCCAACAAGUUUAGAUCCAGGUCUACCUCUAAUAAUGUUACGUUAGUAAUGGGAAUCAAUGAAAAUAAUAACAAUACAAAUAGAGAACAUGCCGUUGCCUUAGUAAGCCCCACAGGUUCCACUGCGCAACCACAACCAGCUACAGAACCUGAUACUAGCACAGCCAACACUAAACCGCUUGAAAAUGUUACACUUUACGUCAAUCAUAAAUGUCGCUGUGGACCAUACUUUGAUUUUCGAAAAGUGAAAGCCAUGCCAGCACAAUUUGGUAGUGGUCCUAUACCAAACGUUGCAAGAGACAUUUUUCAAGCGUUCUUAAUGGCAGCUAUGAAUCCCAGACAAAUGUUGAGUUUACUGAGAAACGGCAACGGAGAAAGCAUAACUUUGAGUAUGGGGACUCUGAAAAAACCUACCACUGUUAAGUUACCUGUUUUUCUGGAAGAGGAGGACUUCUAUACGUACAUUAGACAGCAACUUAAGGACCUUCGUGCGUGUGAAUACAUAUUAACUAGAAGAAAAGAACCUUGCAGCAAGUGUUCCAAUAUACCGGCGCAAGAGCAACCACAAUUCACUAAUAGUGAAGAAGCAAAUAAUUCCAUAAAUAUCAGUUUAGGAGAGAAACGAAAAUGGACACCGGAGAGUCAACAAAACUUAACAUCAACUCAGCAACAGCAAGUACAGCAAACUACUGUACAAAGCACAAAUAUUUCAAUAGAUUCUUCUUCAUCCCCUACAUCUACAAAGCAAGCUCGUAAAUCUGUUCCUGAAUUAGAAGCAGCAACUUCUACUACUCAAUCUGAAACCUCUGGAACUCGUACUCCUUCCACUGAACCAGCAGAAUGGACUAUUGAAGAUGUAAUAAAUUAUAUUGCAAUUACAGAUCCGGCAUUAGGACAACAUGCAGAUUUGUUUAGAAAACAUGAAAUUGAUGGCAAGGCUCUACUUCUUCUCAAUAGCGACAUGAUGAUGAAGUAUAUGGGGCUAAAACUUGGGCCAGCACUUAAAAUUUGUAAUUUGGUAAAUCGUAUUAAAGGUAGAAGACAUAUGCUUAUGUGAUUUACCUAGAUAUGAAUAUCUGUAUAGUGAUCUGAAACAUGCAUUUUAUGCAUUUCAACCAAUUCAUCAGAUUUAUGUUUUCAAUAACGAAAAUAAAUUAAUGUAUAGGUUGUUAUAAAUGAUAAUGUGAAUAUCGCAAUUAAUAAUUAUUUUCUGAAAUCAUAUAUAUCCAUAAUUAUAAAAUUUAUAGGUAAGCAAAAAUCAAAGUUAAGCUUUCUGAACACGUUAGGAACACAUUGUUAUUUCACAAAAAUAUAAAUUCACAUUAAUUAUUUGUAACGCAAGUAUUUUUGUUAAUAAAUUUAUCAUAUUGUCCUAUAAGUAUUAGAUUAGCCUAAUUCGAUUCCAUGUACUAGAUAAGCGAUGUGAUAAACAUCACUAAUACAGUUACAUCUUUGAUAUAAUUCUUAUGUACACAUACAUACACACAUAUGCUCACAAAAAAUGACUUCAUAUACUUGUAAAUAUAGUCAUGUCGUAUGUUAUUUUGCAGUACCAUUAAAUACAUAUAUUGUAAACGAGAUAUUUGUUGUGUGAUAGUUUUGUAACGUUCAUGAUAUCACAGAACUUAAAACUUUAAUAUUUCAUUUUUGUUAAUUUAUAUGACAUUACUGCAAAUUUAUUUAGUUUCCUAUUGUGCAUCAUUCAACAUAUUUUGCGAUGCAACGACUUGAUAAUUUAAUGUUUAAAAAAUUUCACUAGUUUAAUCCUUUCGCCUUAAGUAGAUUUAUAAUUAGAUUGUAGAUUUCCAUUAUGCUACAAUUAAUUUAAAUAUUUAGAAAUAUACUUUAAUUUUAACGUACAAAAAUGAUAAAUUAGGUGAUGUAUUAGUUGGUUUUCCAUUAUGUGAUAGUUUCCUUUUUUUAUUAUGUAAGAUAAAUCAUAAAUAUUUCGGACACUUAAAAAUUAUAAAAUUAGUUAACUGUGUAUGACUUAUUAUUGCAUUACUACUGUGAUAUUCUCGAUAACUUGUACAGCAAACUCAUGUUUCACAAUACAAUUUGCAAAUAUAUGACAAUUUAUAUACAUAAUACACGAGUUGCUAUCUCUGUAUUUUAUUGGUUGUAACUUCAUUUAUUUCUAUUUUGCUUUUUAUAACUACAAUAUUAAACGCAAUUAAUGAUGGCAUGUAACAUAGUCAAUAAAUAUGGAGUAAUAACAAUUAGUGCUAUAAAAAUUCAAUUUAAUUAACAUUUAUACAUUUUACAUCAGUAGUUAUAACUACGAAUGUUAUAAAAACUUAAUUUGUAAACAUAUAUAGUUUAUUAUAAGAUCUAAAAAGUGUCAUAUUGGUCGGUAUUCAUAGUCGAAUCUUAUUUUAAGAUCGUCUCAAGUAAUGUCUUAAGAUGCUAAUACGGCUCUGUGAUUGAUUGAUGGCAUCUUAAGACUGUACUUAAGAUGAUCUUAAACAUAAGAAUCGACUAUGAAUACCGGUCAUUGUCUCUCAUUUGUAUGAAACUGCUCUUGUGAAUAUACAAAGGGAAAUUAACAUAUGUUAUGAUUAAGGCCAUAGAGUUUAUGUUUCAUGUAUAAUCGCAUAAUUUGUAAAAACUUAUUAAAACCAACUCUUUUCACUAUUU